AUGCGCAGCCUCAUGGUUCUGAGUGCACUCACAAACAUACCAUUGCUCGUCUCAGCGCAAUGUCCAGAAUACGUGGACUACGCACUCGAGGUUCAUGAACCUUUGAGCUCCGGCAAAUAUCAGCUUGCCUACCAACGACCGUCUGAAGAAUGUCGGACUUUCAAGUCGCAGGGCCUUGAGGACACUAUCACACGCAUGGAAGGUGUCAUCAAAGACCCAGACCUGUACCGUCUGUUCCAAAAUGCCUACCCCAACACGCUCGAUACAGCAAUCGCAUGGAAAGGUUACGCAGCCAACAACACCGAUGAAGAGUUAACAUUCAUCAUCACAGGAGACAUCAAUGCGAUGUGGCUGCGGGACUCGUCGAACCAGCUGCAAAGUUAUCUGCCCCUCUUGAACGCCAGCAGCGAUCCGAACUCGAUCGCCAGCUUGUACCGGGGAGUCAUCAACCUCCAGGCGCGAUACCUACUCACAGCACCGUACUGCAACUCGUUCCAGCCGCCCGCCGAAAGCGGUAUCCCUCCAGCUGAGAACGAGUCUGGAAACCAGGACAUUGUUUUCCCUGAAUAUUCAAACAGCAGCGUUUUUGAAUGCAAAUAUGAGCUCGACUCGCUUGCUGCCUUUCUACAGAUAUCUGCCGACUACUACGAAGCAACGGGAGAUGUCGAGUUCUUUGGAAAGUUCCAGUGGGCCAAAGCUAUCGAAGCGGUACUGGAUGUGGCCGACGAUAUGAUGCUUCCAACUUAUGGUCCGGACGGAGCGGUUUUACAGAGUCCGUAUACGUGGGAGCGAACCACGACCAGAGCAACCGAAACUCUUGCGAACGAUGGAAUCGGCAAUCCAGUUGCCAACGGAACUGGCCUAAUCAGAAGUGCUUUCCGACCAAGCGACGACUCCACUAUCUUCCAGCUCUACAUCCCAGCCAAUAUGAUGUUUAGCUCGUACCUGGCUCCAACAGCGGAAAUCAUGAGUAAACUCAAUAGCACAAGUUCCGCGGCGCUUGCGAAAAGAAUGUCGAACCUCUCAGAGUCGCUACGCAACGCUAUUGAAACGCAUGGGACGGUUGAUCACCCAGUAUAUGGCAAGAUUUAUGCAUUCGAGGUCGACGGCUUCGGCGGGCGCGUCAUCAUGGACGACGCUAACAUUCCGGGUCUCCUCUCAGCACCUUUUUUCAAGUAUCCGGUUAAUGAGGAGACAUAUGCGAACACACGCGAUCUGGUGCUCAGCUCGACAAACCCAUACUUCAUGAGAGGUCCUGUCAUUAAUGCUAUUGGUGGCCCGCAUCAGGGACCAGGCAUGGCUUGGCCCAUGGCUUCCAUUGUACGCAUUUUCACGAGCGAUGACGAAGGCGAAAUUGUGAACGAGCUUGCUCAGAUUGUGAGCAGUACUGAUGGCUUGGGUCUGAUUCACGAGAGUAUCAACAGCUUUAAUGAGAGUGACUGGACAAGACAGUGGUUCUCUUGGGCGAAUGGGCUUUUCGGACAGAUGAUUUUGGACUUGGAGGAGCGCAAGCCAGAGAUAUUAGAGACAAGUUUCCAGGCAUGCAUUGUCGCUCAUUCUGACGAAGAUGGUUGGCAAUGGCUUCUCCAUGUGCAAGGCUGUGCCGCAACCGGCGCUAGGAGCAGGUUUGGAAUUUGUGACGCUCUGAACAAAAACUUGGUUGGAGUGAAGACGUCGGGACCCGUUCGGUGGUGGGUCGCACCAAGUGCCGGUUUCGCGAUGGCCGACAGUUUCCCCACGCUGUCUCCCACCAAGCACGGGUUGUGA